UUAACUAUCAAAUGUUUUUGACUGGGGUUAGUGACAAUAGUUUUUCUCCUUUUUGAUUUGUUACUAAACACAUUAUGGAUCUCCUUGGUUCCAUUUUGGGAACGAUGCAAAAGCCUCCGUCAAUCAGUAUUGAAGAGAAGAAGAAGAGGAAAGCUCAACAAGAACAGAUUGAAAAGCAGCAGAAAGUGGAGAAGAAGAAAUUACAUGAAUUCAGGGAAAAGAUACAAUCUAAAAUCAAUGAGUUCAUCAAGGAUGGCAGACAGGAGAAGCUGCAGCUUGAUCCGAUGGACAAAACAUAUAGAGCGAUCGUGCAUGAAGUAGCAGACAUUGCUGGACUUGCAUCCUUCUCAUUUGGCCUGGAAGAAAAAGACAGAUAUGUAAUGAUGUGGAAAAAGGAGUUUGCACCGUCUGACGAGGAACUUUUGGCAUACAGGCGAGAAGAGGAGUGGGAUCCAGAGAAGGCCAGGCACACUGACCAGCUCAGGGCUAUAGAGAGGUUAGCUGCCGAGUCAAAACCCACUGUAUCAAAAGUUGAACCAAGCACAAACUACCGGGACAAAUACAAACACCUUAUUGGUGACACUGCAGCCAAAGAUGCAGCUCAGUCUACUAUUACAAACAGAUCAUACGGAUUUGUAUCAAGUGAAAAUAAGCGUGACAGGAGGACAGUAGAACAAGUAUUAGCAGACUCCAGAGCAAAGAAAAAGUUAAAAACUGAACAGUCUUCGGAUGAUAUAAGCAAUUUGGUUCAAGAUAGUAAUAGUUGAGGAUUAUAGUUUACAGAAUUAGCUUGGCAUUUUCUUCUAACACUGGUUGAACAGCCAAAUAAUUAUUAAGUAUGACACUAAUUUAACUGUAGAACUAAACCAACGAUGAAAUAAACAUCCAGUUAUUGAUUCUUGCUGAACUUCUAUCCAAAAACACAAAUGCGAUUACAUGUGUUAGGUAGACUGUAUGAUUUUAGUUCAGCUGCACACAAAGUGCUAAGUGCGAGUAAUUGUGAUAGGGUGAUUGUCUGUUGUCGGUUUGUCUGUUCAGACAUGGUCGGUCCAUCCCUCAAGCCUGCAGUCGUCAACAUUAUCCUUCAAACAGCUUCUCUUCAUAAACCACCAGAAUAACUUCAACCAGACUCCACAGAAAUGUUCUCUGGGUGGUCUUCUUCCAGAUUCUUUCAAUAAAAAAGCUUUAUGCGGAACUGGGGUUUCCAUGGCAAAUCUUUGAAAAUCCUCUUUUCAGAAACCGCUUGCCUGAUUUCGGAAUAUUUUCAUAGAAAUAUUCCUUAGGUGACCUUUUGAAAACAAUUGGUCUGAUAUCAAAAUAUUUUGGAAGAAAUGAUCCUUGGCCCUUUUAUCAAAAUUAAAAAAUAGUAAAUAUUUUUUAUGACUAUUUUUAUUUAUUUAAUAAAUCAUACAGAUAUAUAUUUUUAUAAUUGUUUUAUUGUUUAACAAUCAAUGAAGAUACCAACUUCAAACUUCUUGAACUUAUUUACAGUGACAAUGAGUUAUUUUCUCCAAUCAUCACCAAAUUUAAACAGAAUGUGUAUGGACACAAUUCCUUGGAUGUGAUAACUAGCCAAAGCGCUGUAGUCACCCCAGAGUUGGUGCCCUUUUAUUCAAGAAAUGUCUAGAGCACCAUCGAAGUUUUACUCAGGUGAAGGAUAUAGGGCCAUAAUGGCUCUUUUGUUUUUAUACAUAUUCAGUGCCAUUUUCCAGAGACAAGACCCAUGUUUGCAUUGAUGUCGAUUCAGCUGUAAUGUCAUUAUUUUAAUCUCUCCGUCAUGUUUGCCAUGUUGUAACCCAAUGUUUUGUGACUGUUUGAAUUCCCUUCUUGACUGUCAACAAUAAGUUAUCCUUCUGUUAAAUUUAUUUUUUUGCUAGCAUAAUGCCAUUAUUCAUAUGGGUACUGUUAACUCAUUAUUACACAACCAUGUAUGUGAUUUUUGCACUUGUUUUUAAUAAAUACAUAUAAGUAAG